AUGCAGAUUCCUCAUUGGCGUCAAGCUAUGGACCUUGAGUAUCAUGCUCUUCUCAAAAAUAAAACAUGGUCCUUGGUUCCGCCACGGUCAGGUCUCAAUGUUAUUGACUGCAAAUGGGUGUUCAAGGUGAAGAAACAUGCAGACGGUACCAUUGAGCGCUAUAAGGCUCGCUUGGUGGCAAAGGGAUUCAAACAAUGGUAUGGUAUUGAUUAUGAGGAUACAUUCGAUCCUGUUGUCAAACCAACCACCAUUCGUGAUUCGCUCUACGUGGUCGUUACUCGUGGGUGGUCUCUUCGCCAGCUGGACGUUCAGAAUGCAUUCCUUCAUGGAGUUCUUGAUGAGGAGGUUUACAUGCGUCAGCCACCUGGGUUUGCUGAUCCUUCUCGUCCUGACCAUCAACCCUAUUGGGUGUCGAGCGUUCCCAAACCCUGUUUUACACACCUCGAGCCAUCCACGCCACCCUUUGCUGCCGCCACCGCUCCCCCUUGCGCCAGGUGCGGCGCGAACGGGUGCGUGGGCUGCGAGUCCGCUGUCGCUGCGUCCGUGGCGAUCACCGGCUCAAGCAGCGAGGGCGAAGAGUGCUCCGCCGCGAGCUUCGUGAAGGAUGGCGGCGUGCGGAAGCGGCGCGCAAGGAAGGGAGGCAAGUUCAGGGGCGUGCGGCAGCGGCCGUGGGGCAAGUGGGCGGCGGACAUCCGCGACCCGCACCGCGCCGUCCGCAAGUGGCUCGGCACCUUCGACACCGCCGCCGACGCCGCGCGCGCCUACGACGUCGCGGCGCUCGAGUUCCGCGGCCACCGCGCCAAGCUCAACUUCCCAGUCGCCGCCGCGUCUUCAACUGCGUCGGCCUCUUCUUGGACGGCUGCGCAGCCGCAGCACUUGUGGGAUAGCCAUCGCGAGAACUCCGGCUCAAAUGCCUCGUCGCCUGCGCACGUGCCGCGGCUGCCGGAGCAAGGAAGGCCGGCGGCGAGGGAGCAGGAUAUCUGGGAUGGGCUACACGAGAUCAUGAUGGACGGUUACACAUUCUGAGUUAUCAAACCUCCAUUAAUCAACACACAGCUUUAGCAAAACAGCUUGGUUUCACGGAUCCAAGAACUUUCUCAACGGAUCAGAUCAGUGUGACUGAAGGUGCUACUAGCACGGAGCCAAGGACAAUGGCAUCAAUGUGACUGGCAGUACCGUAGAAUUCGGGGUCGAACAACAAAAACCAUGGAAGGUUUAUUCGUUGCUUGGCAAGAACAAGAAGGAAGAUCAGCCGCCGUUCCAUUUAAAAUCAGUCCAGAUGGUCAAUUAGUUGCUUUCUUUCGCUUUUGACUCUGAUUGAAGUGACUGAGACAUAUACGAAUACAACUGGAGUUUACAUUCAA